AGAGAACUUAUUUGUGGUGGACAUGCGUCCUCCUGUCCUGGCCCUAAUACUCCAAAAUCACCACCAAACUAGUCUUGUAGCCAGUACUUCCAUUGCUCUCAUCUCAUCUCAUCUCAUCUAUCCCUUAGCUUCUUGCUCUUCUUCUUUCCCCUCUUCUUCCAGCUGCUGCUCUUUCCAUUAGCCAGCCAGCAGAGAUCUCUUCCAGCUUGCUUGGCACUUGGUGAUCGAUCCGGCCUCGAUCUUUCUCUUGAUUGUGUUCCUGCCAGCGAUCGAUUACCAUCAGAAUUGUAAUCCACAUAUAUAGAUAGAUAGAGAGAGCUAGCUGAUUGUUGGAUCUCUACUCGCUCGCUCCGGCCGGGAUAUAUUGUUUUAGCUAGCUAUAGCUAGGCGGCCUCUAAUAAUUAGAUUAAAGCAGCUGCUGGUAUAUAUUAGUAGAUCGACGACUAGCUAGCUAGGCAGCUGCCUGCAGCAGGUGGAUCAUCGAUGCUUGAGGUGUCGAUCCUGCGGAGCCCUAGCAAGGCGGAUCAUCAUCAGCGCGGGUUCGUGGGCGACCAUGUCGUGUUCCCGACGUCCGGCAGCGUCUGCUGCGACGAUUUCAUGGUCGACGACAACCUGCUGGACUACAUCGACUUCAGCUGCGACGCCGUGCCCUUCUUCGACGCCGACGGGGACAUCCUCCCCGACCUGGAGGUGGACCCAACGGAGCUCCUCGCCGAGUUCUCCUCCCCGGAGGCGAGCCCGGCGGCGGCUCGCGCGGAGGCCAAGCCGCCGGACGACCUACGACGACGACAACCAGAAGAAGAAGCAGUAGUACUGAGCACGAGUACAACGACGGCGACGACAGUAGAAGAGAAGAAAGCAGAGCGGGUGUUGUCGGCCAAAGACGAGAAAUUAGCCGCGGCAGGUGUGAGUGUGACGACGAGGACGAUGAGGAAGGUGGAUGGUGAGGGGUCGAGCGCGGAGGAGGACUCUGGCGGCGCCGGGUCGGACACCAAGUGGUCGGCGUCGGCGGGGGGCCACGGCAAGAAGAAGGCGGCGGCGGACAAGAACUCUUCCAGCGGCAAAAGGAAGGUGGACUGGACGCCGGAGUUGCACCGGCGGUUCGUGCAGGCGGUGGAGCAGCUUGGCAUCGACAAGGCUGUGCCGUCCCGGAUCCUCGACAUCAUGGGGAUCGACUGCCUCACACGACACAACAUUGCCAGCCACCUCCAGAAGUACCGGUCGCACAGGAAGCACCUGAUGGCGCGGGAGGCGGAGGCCGCGACCUGGGCGCAGAAGCGCCACCAGUACAUGUACGCGCCGGCGCCGGCGAGGAAGCUGGACGCGGCGGCGGCAGGAGGAGGCCCGUGGGUGGUGCCGACGACCAUCGGGUUCCCGCGGCCCGCCUUGUGCCGGGCGCUGCACGUGUGGGGCCACCCGCCCAGCGCAGGCGGCGUUGACGCUCCUCCGACGAUGCUGCCCGUGUGGCCGCGGCACCUUGCGCCGCCCCGGCCAUGGGCGCCGCCGCCGGCGUACUGGCAGCAUCAGUAUAAUGCGGCCAGGAAGUGGGGUCCACAUCAUCAGGCAGCAGCAGCAGCAGCAGCAGUGACGCCCGCCAUGGUGCCGCAGCUGCCGAGGUUCCCGGUGCCGCCGCACCCGGCCACCAUGUACAGACCCACCUGCAGCAGCAGUAUGGUCGUCCCGCCGCCGCCGCCGACGAGCACCAAGCUCGCCGACUUGCAGCUUCAGCUCGACGCGCACCCGUCCAAGGAGAGCAUCGACGCGGCCAUUGGAGAUGUUUUAGUGAAGCCAUGGCUGCCGCUGCCGCUGGGGCUCAAGCCGCCCUCCAUGGACAGCGUCAUGUCGGAGCUGCACAAGCAAGGCAUACCAAAGGUCCCACCCUCCAGCGCCUGAUCCAUCCAUGCUGCAUGCAAUGCAAUGCAACUACUCGUCGACAUGUAAUGUAUUAUAUUAUAUUAUAUAGCCUCCAGAGCAAGAGUACACUAGUAUGUAGCAAGCUAGGCAGAGGGCGUUCUGUGCGUGCGUGCGUGUAUUAAAUUAAUUAAAUAAUCUAGGUGUGCAAGGACCCAACUUAUAUGUAUGUGCAUGUAUGCAAACUGAUUCAUGAUAGAAUAACCAUCUGAAUGGAUUGCACUGGUGUUGAUUUAUUGUGAAA